UUGCCCCUUUAAAAAAUAAACUCGUGCUGAAUUGAAACACGUGCUAUGUGUGUUUGUCGGCAAUAAAAUAAAUGCUCGUGUAUUCGACAGAAUAAAAUCCCACAGAAGUAGGAAAUAAAACGUUCCCUAAACAUUACACGACGAAGGGAUCGGGCUGUAGUGUUUAAGGAGGAAGAAGACGAGGGAAGAGGUGUUUCUCCAGGCCCUUUCUCCUCUUUCAUUAUUUAUUUCCUUAUUAACUGCGAUCAAAACAUUGAUGGUCGAUCAUCCGCCGCUGAGCUCGAGACCCGCGGAAUAUCGUGCAGUAUUUCACGUCGGUGAGUGCGUGUGUCGCGAUGGCUCGCCCACGGCCCCGGGAAUAUAAAGCUGGAGAUUUGGUUUUCGCCAAGAUGAAGGGAUACCCGCACUGGCCGGCGAGGAUCGAUGAGCUGCCAGAGGGAGCCGUGAAGCCACCAGCUAAUAAAUACCCCAUCUUCUUCUUUGGGACCCAUGAGACUGCCUUCCUGGGCCCUAAAGACCUGCUGCCCUACAAGGAAUACAAAGACAAGUUUGGCAAGUCAAACAAGAGAAAAGGAUUUAAUGAAGGCCUGUGGGAAAUUGAAAACAACCCUGGUGUCAAAUUCACUGGUUACCAGGUCAUGCAGCAGCAGAGCUCGUCUGAGACGGAAGGGGAAGGUGGGAACGCGGCCGACGCCAGCAGCGAGGGCGAUUCGGCGGGCGAGGAAGAGGAGGGCAAGGUGAAGAGUGACAAGGUCGGAUCCAAACGGAAAAAAAGCGCAUCCUCAAAGAUGUCGUCCAAGCUGUCCAGGAAGGGUUUGGAUGAAGAUCUGGAGAAGGAUGGGAAAGACGAGCAGAAGAGCGGAUCAGAGGCUGGUGACCAUGACAACAACAUCCAGAACUCUUCAGACAAGACGUGCAGUCAAGGGAAUCUGUCGCUCCGGGAGGAUCACUAGACGUUCUUCGGACGACGGCUCAUGACGCCAACGUGUGAUAUUGUAAAUGCAUCUUAUUUACGCCGAUCGCUUGCAAACUCCCACACAUUAUUAUCCGGUUCAGUCUAACACACGUACAGUGAGAGAAAACCACAACAUCCAGGAGUCACACACACACACAGACGACCAUCAUUCCUUUCUGCUGUUUUGAUUUUAGAGGUUUUGCUUUAACCUCGAGCACCGAAGCAUUCAGAUCUCACAGUCAUUCCUCUCGUGCCGCUCAUUAACGCGUGUCGUGCUAGACGUUUCUUUCUUUUGCGAUGACCUACAGCGCGUUCGUUCAGACAUUCGUCCGUCAAACAACUCGGCCAUCUUUCAUGCUUUUACGUAAUUGGAGAAAAAAAGAGCGGAAACCAUAGAAUCCGUAUGAAGUAUCGUGCACAAACAGAGCUGCGUGCUGUAACUCCAUAUUAUUAUUAUUAUUAUUAUUAUUAUUAUUAUUAUUAUUAUUAUCUCUGUACAUUUGAUUUGGGUGUAGAUUCUAGGAGCUCUGUACUAUUAUCCCAGCGCUAGAGGUACCGCUCAUCUUUUUAAGACGUGAAAUAUCUGUUUGUGUGUCGGUGGGUUGGUUGUUUUCUAGCCUUUCUAGUGGCAUGCUGGCUUCUGUUCUCAUUCCGUAGUUCCCGUUCCGUUCUGAUGAUGUUCUCCCAUCCGUCCGUUUCGUCAGACGGCGCUGAUCCUGUCCUCUUCCCGACGGAAACACGCCCUCGAUUUCUUACGUUUUGAUUCCUUCUCUUUGUUUAUAUAAAGAAUAUAUUCUAUUUAUUUUUGAUGAUAGUAGAUGACACAUCUGUGGUAAAUUCGCACUCACCAAUGUGGUUUUCAUUUUGUUUGAUUUUUUUAUUGCCCUAGUACAUGUUGCAUUUUCAAGGUUUGUAGCCACAUGUAAACUGUUUUUCCUGUUUAUUGACAAGAAUUUUACAGAAUAAACUCAUUGGAAUGCAA